AUGGGGAUUACCAAAUCCCGUCCCCUUUACACUCUCCCCCUCUCCAAUCCGCCCUAUCAGUCCCUUUGUGCAGAGUGGGCCCAACAGUCAUUUCAAGCAAAGGAAGGGGGUCCUAUACCUGGUGGAGUGGAGACUCACGCCGUCACAGUGGUGGUUGGGGAGACAGGCAGUGGCAAGGCCACUCAGAUCCCGCAGAUGGUGGCAAGCAGAGUGGCGGAGGAGAUGGGGGUGGCUUUGGGGGAGAGAGUGGGCUACAGCAUCCGCUUUGAGAACGUCACCACGCAGGGAGUGACUCAGAUCAAGUUUCUCACAGAUGGGGUGCUGCUGCGGGAGAUGAUGGAGGACCCGCUGCUCUCCAGAUACAGUGUGAUCAUGGUGGACGAGGCGCAUGAGCGCAGCCUGGCAACGGACAUUCUCCUGGGCCUCCUCAAGGUGAUGCGGCGGCGUCCUGACCUCCGAUUGGUCAUCUCAUCUGCCACGCUGGCAGCUGAUGACGUGGCAGCCUUCUUUGACACCAGCCACGAGAAGCCCAAGCCCUUGUCGUCACAAGGCCUUAACACCCUUCCCAGCCGCAAGCCAGCUAUCAUUUCAGUGGAAGGCCGGAGUCACCCGGUGCAGCUGCUGUACCUUGAAGAACCCACAUCGGACUACCUGCAGACAGCACUUGACACCGUGCUCGCCAUUCACUGCCAGGAGCCUCCAGGAGACAUACUUGUGUUCUUAACGGGACAGGAGGAGGUGGACACGUUGGUGCAGCUUAUAGCGGAGCAGAGCAACAGCUACACUCCCUCGUCCGAGAAACUAAGAGGCCUCCAGGCGUUUCCUCUCUAUGCUGGUCUACCAGCCGGUGAUGUUGAGGCAGCAUUUGCGCCCACCCUGCGGGGGAGGAGGAAGGUGCUGGUGGCGACCAACAUUGCCGAGACGUCUCUCACCAUCGAGGGCAUAGUGUACGUGGUUGACUGUGGCUUUGUCAAGCAACGGUUCUUCGACCCUGUAUCAAACGUGGAUGCGCUACUGCUAGUGCCCGUGUCACGAGCAUCAGCACAGCAGAGGGCAGGCAGGGCAGGGCGAGUGAGGCCGGGGAAAUGCUACAGACUGUACACAGAGCACAGCUACUUGACAGAUCUUGCCGCCCACACAAUCCCGGAGAUCCAGCGAUCAGAUCUCACAGCAACAGUGCUGCAGCUCAAGUCGCUCGGCAUCGACAACAUCAUGCGAUUCGAUUGGCUCUCGCCGCCCGCGCCGUCCGCCAUGAUCCGCGCACUAGAGACGCUCUUUGCCGUCCGGGCGCUGGAUAUGGACGGCAGACUGACCAAGCCUGUUGGAGUCCAGCUGGCAGAGUUUCCUCUGGACCCUCUGAUUGCCUUCAUGCUGCUUGUAUCGGCCAAUGCACCUGGCACCACCGCUGAUGGUGCUACUGGUACUGCGAUGAAGAGUGGAGGGGGUGGAGGUGGCGUGGGUGGGGGGAAGGAGGAGGAUGAUGAGGAGGAGGAAGACAGAGAUGGGGAGGACGCUGAUGGUUGUUCCGAGGAGAUGUGUACAGUUGCUGCGUCACUGUGUGUGCAGUCAGUGUGGGUGGGCAGCAGCGGCAGGCAGAGGGAGUCAGACAGACUCAAAGAGCGAUUCGCUGCUGCAGAGGCCGGCCAGACACAUAACUCAGUUGACCUCACUGCAACGCCAACCCCUUCCUCACUGCAACGCCAACCCCUUCCUCACUGCAACGCCAACCCCUUCCUCACUGCAACGCCAACCCCUUCCUCACUGCAACGCCAACCCCUUCCUCACUGCAACGCCAACCCCUUCCUCACUGCAACGCCAACCCCUUCCUCACUGCAACGCCAACCCCUUCCUCACUGCAACGCCAACCCCUUCCUCACUGCAACGCCAACCCCUUCCUCACUGCAACGCCAACCCCUUCUCACUGCAACGCCAACCCCUUCCUCACUGCAACGCCAACCCCUUCCUCACUGCAACGCCAACCCCUUCCUCACUGCAACGCCAACCCCUUCCUCACUGCAACGCCAACCCCUUCCUCACUGCAACGCCAACCCCUUCCUCACUGCAACGCCAACCCCUUCCUCACUGCAACGCCAACCCCUUCCUCACUGCAACGCCAACCCCUUCCUCUGUGUUUUGCAACGCCAACCCCUUCCUCUGUGUUCUGCAACGCCAACCCCUUCCUCUGUGUUCUGUGCGUUCGAUGCUCUCUCUCUUCUCCCUUGUCUCUCCCACCAGGGCGACUUUGUCUCCUAUCUGAACGUGUAUGAGGGCUUCACUCGCAGGCGACUUUGUCUCCUACCUGAACGUGGCGACUUUGUCUCCUACCUGAACGUGUAUGAGGGCUUCACUCGCAGUGGCCGGUCGCCCAAGUGGUGCCACGCCAACGGCAUCAACUACCAGGCCAUGCUGCGAGUGGACGAUGUGAGGGGGCGGCUGAGGAGGGGCCUCAGGCGCUUUUCAAAUCUGCCUCCUCACCCCUCCCCACCCCUUCUCGCCCAUCCUCACUCCUCCCUACCCCUCCCCGCCCCCACAUCUCAGCUGCGAGUGGACGAUGUGAGGGGGCAGCUGCGGAAAGGGCUAAGGCGCCUGGGGCUGAAGCUGCUGUCAUGCAGAGGUGACGUCAUGUCCCCCUACCUGUCCCUCCUCUUCCCCAUUUCCGUUGCUUGCCUUCCCACCCACACCCACCCACAACCCCACCACACCCCCUCCAACCCCGCACCACCCCUGAUUCCACCAGCUGCUCCAGCAGGCAGCAGUGCCAUCUUUUAUCACUUCUCGUCACCCACCAAUAUUUUGUUCCACUCUCCCCUCUGCCAACCCCUACUCCUCUCCACCAGCUGCUCCAACGGGCAGCGGCGGCCUCUCUCUUCGUGA